AUAUAUUCCAUCUUCUCUUAUAUUGGGUCCGAACUCUGAAAGUGUUCCUUCACCAUUCUCAUCUCUCUCUUUCUCUUUCUAUUCUCUCUCUCUAACGUUCCAUGGAAUCCGAUAGUCGCCGCUGUUUUCACUCUCUCCGACUCUGAACUAAUCGCUGACUAUACAAAAAAUGCAACAACCGCAGAUCGCGAACCUUCUUUCUCACGCUUUGUUCUAAGAAUCGUUGUUCGGCGAAGAAGCUCUUUGAAUUUCUCUCUCUAGAACUCCGCUGUUUUUGCUUACAUUACCUGUAUUUUAUGUUUGCUGUGUUCGAUCGUGUCGGUUAUCGCCGCCGGAAUCGUUGCUUGCCGGCGAUGUUGAAGUUCAAUUAGUUUUUUACUGCUUUAGCUCGAAAUUGAUAAAGUGUUGUGAAGAAAUCGAAAGAGUUCUAUAUAACUUGAAGAUUGAAGAAGGAACGAUGUUCGAUCUUAACCUGAAUGCCGAUUCCACUCAGCACGAUGACUCGCCCGUGCUGCUCGGGGAGAAGAUUCCGGAAGCGUCCUCCGGGACCUCGAAUUCCUCCGUGGUGAAUGCGGAGGGUUCGAGCAACGGAGGUGGUGCCGGAGACGACGACUCGUGUUCCACACGCGCCACUGGCAGCGGCGAUGUGUACACCUUCAAUUUCGAUAUUCUGAAGGUGGAAGGCGGGAGCGACAACUCCGUCGCGACGAAGGAACUGUUUCCGGUGAGCGCCGGGAACUGGCAGGGGCAGGCUUCGACAUCGUCGAUUCCGGCGAGGAAGAGCUGGAUGGAUCUGUCGCUGGAUCAGCAUCGAGGUGAAAGCGCGGAGAUGAAGAAGAUUGUUCAGGUUCAGCAGCAGCAACAGCAACAACAGCCUCCGCAAGCGAAGAAGAGUAGGAGGGGCCCACGCUCAAGGAGCUCGCAGUACAGAGGUGUCACCUUCUACAGGAGGACCGGAAGAUGGGAAUCGCAUAUCUGGGAUUGCGGGAAACAAGUUUAUUUGGGUGGAUUUGACACCGCUCAUGCCGCUGCUAGAGCUUAUGAUCGAGCUGCUAUCAAGUUUAGGGGACUUGAUGCUGACAUCAAUUUUAAUCUCGUUGACUAUGAGGACGAUCUCAAACAGAUGAAAAAUCUCUCCAAGGAGGAAUUUGUUCACAUACUCCGUCGCCAAAGCACUGGUUUCUCAAGAGGAAGUUCAAAAUACCGAGGAGUGACACUUCACAAAUGUGGCCGGUGGGAAGCUCGAAUGGGACAAUUCCUUGGCAAAAAGUAUAUAUAUCUUGGGCUAUUCGACAGCGAAGUAGAAGCUGCAAGGGCUUAUGACAAAGCAGCUAUCAAAUGCAAUGGAAGAGAGGCAGUCACUAACUUCGAGCCAAGUACGUAUGAAAGCGAGGUCAAAACUGAAGCCAUUGGUGAAGGUGGCAGUCACAACCUUGACCUCAAUUUAGGCAUGGCUACCCCAGGACAUGAUCCCAAAGAAAACAGGGGGAAUCUUCAGUUCCAGUCUGUCCCUUACGAUGUGCAUCCCGGAAGAAGUUCGAGGAUGGAAACCCAUGUUAAUUCAGUUAUUGGUGAUCCGUCUUUGAAAAGGCUGGUUGUAAAUGAAGAGCGUUCUUCUGUCUGGAAUGCCUCGUAUUCGAGUUUCUUUCCCAGUGAGGAAAGAGCAGAGAGAAUCGGCAUAGAUCCCUCACAUGGAGUCCCAGGCUGGGCGUGGCAAACUCACGGUCCGGGCAGUGCUACCCCAGUACCACCGUUCUCUACUGCAGCAUCAUCAGGAUUCUCAAUUUCUGCUACCUAUCCAUCGCCUGCCAUCUUUCCAACAAAACCUAUGAACUCAAUUCCUCAGAGUAUCUCAUUUACUUCAUCCGUUGCACCUGGUAGCAAUGCAGCUCAUCAAUACUAUUACCAGGUGAAGUCCCCGCACGCACCAUCCUAACCCAUCCUUGUAAUGCAGACAUGAAAACAAAUGGCAGCAUGUCUGCUGAAAAUUCUUUGUAUAAUUCAGUCACUGAUUGGCGUAUACUGAGAUUUCUGAUUGGCACCUCUUGGGGUGAAACCAUUAUGCACAUAAUGUGUGAAGGAAAUGCUCUAUAUCUUCAAUUUA